CAUUGUGGUAUAGACUGCCAGCUGCUCUCCUAUCUCUCGGUGAUGGUUAAUGAGAUUAGCAGUCCGUCUUAGCCUGCGUCAGUGCAAAGGGGUCAAUCACAGGAUUAGCACCUUGCUUAAGAGUUACAUCAGUUUAUUAUACUUUUUCUUUAUUGCUUGGACUUUCCCGCUCUGGCCUCCAAAAGCAUGUUCUGCGCGUGUAAUUGCAGUUUAUUUGCAGAUGGGGUAUUUCACUCUGCAACAUGCUGCCUUGGGACUGAGCGCAUCCAGGCUCUGAGGCGCUGAAUGAAGCAUCUUCCAGUGAGACAAGAGGAGCAGGGGCAGCCAGAGAAGUGAAGGGCAGAGGGGCCGAAAUCUCGCCUGCUGUGGCAGAGUCUGAGACUCUGUGCAAAUCAUCCUCAUGCCACUUGUAAAUAACAAAGUUGGCGAUGAUUGCACAGCAAGCGGAGACAAGGCUUUGGCCGAUGGACAGGCUUUGGUGGAUUCUUUGAUAAAGGUGGUGGCUUGUUAUCGGCAUUUAGCCUCGUGUGUAGGUGGGAGCACGGACAACCUGCAGCUUCGCGAUGAGCUCCGACAAACGAGAGAAAAGGCCCAGAAGUUGGCCGGGGACAUCUGCAAUCACCUGACCACCCACCUCCGGGACAAGAGUCUGCCUGAAGGACAGCGUAAGGAGAUGGAGCUCCUCUGGGUGGCCUUCUCCUCAUCUCUAGAGCUUCUACACAUCGACAUGUGCAAAGUUUGGAACAUGAGCGGGAUUUUUUCACUGGCUGACUCCUCAUCACUCGUGCACACUGGCGUAGAAGGAGGAUGCAGUGAGGUAGCAGCUCGGGCUCUGAGUUUGCCAGACAUGAAUGAGGCUGAGACAAAAACACUCCCUGAAGGCCUCGAGAGCCAAGAACGCAACACCAUGGAGCUAGAAAUCAACCAAAUCGACCGCAUGAUUGAUGACAUGGAGAUGAAAGUCAACGUGCUGCGCUGGAUGGUGGAGCCCCAUGGGCCGCAGUAUGCAGACCCAAUCAGCAGCACUGACAGCGCCUCCAUGGCUCUGGUUCCAGUAGACGAGGAGCAACAGGCUACUGGAUCUCAAGCUCUUUGCCCGCGGAGCCACAUAUUUGUGCUCUUACUGCUGUUUGGUGUUAUUUUCGUAGCAACCACUUUAUCUGUCUGUGUUUUCCUUUUCUCAUGAGCAAAACCUUAAUGAAUUCAACUUAUUGGUCUUUUUCAGUCAGACUAAAAUACUCAGUAAGACUGUAAAAUGGAAAGCUUUGCAUUUACAUCCCUCACUGAUUUUUCAGGGACUGAGGAAACUUCUCAUAAACAGUACACCAGACUUAAUCCAUAUGCCAGCUAGUGUCCCAUUUUUACAUUUAAUUGGAAUCUACCAUAUGCUUCUUAAGUUCAGAUUAGUCAUGUAAAUGCAUGUCUGCCAGUUAGGAUGUUUUUCAUAAUCUGAAAUCAUCUAGACCAGAUUAUUAAGGUGCAUUUCCAUUUUUGUACUAUGCUGUCAGACUGUAUAAUUUGGAAAAUCUAUUGGACUUUUAGGACAGAAAUCCCUAAAAAAAAUGUACCAUUGCAUCUUACGCAGCUUCUGCAUACAUAACACAUAGUAAAAGUAAGAAAAAAAAAAAUGCAGCUUUAAAUUUUAUCUUAUUAAAUCAAUAGCACACAGAGCACUGUGACCUUUCUGACAAAUGCUCUUCGAGUGUCUGAAUGAAAUAAUAUUCUAAUAACUAUUAGCCUAUUUACUAAAGCUGGAAUCUUUUUGUUGACAAAUUGGAUUUUAAGGGUUAGUUGCAAAGAAGGUGUAGGCAUGUAUGUAUAAACAUCAAGAACAUCCAUGAGGUCUGACUUGGUGCUUUUAACAGCUCAAAAUCCAAUAUGGCUGCCAGGGACAUGUGCAUUUGUAAAAGCUGCAAAUAUCAGUUAGCUGACAUGUGAUCUUCUCACAGUUUGUGUCUCAUAUAACCACGGUAUACAUAAGAACUUUAAAAAAUGAAUUUCUGGACAUGUCCUUUUCAUGUUUGACCAAAUCAACUAAAUAGAAAAACAUGGUUGCUGGCUUGUCUCACUGGUUUUCCAACUUGCAACAGGAACAAACUGGACUUCGAGCUCUGCCUCUCGACAUAGACUGAAUGCAGCUUCAAAGUUGGCCCAUGUAAAGUUGGCUCUGACUUUAUUCCAAGAUCCAUGUUCAUAGCUUCCACAACUGGAACGCUGGAUUAGUUUAGACCUUAGAUGUAAAAAAAAA